GCGGUCUGUCAUGACUAUUGACCCAAAGCUUCUCCCCGAGAACAAAAGAGUACAUGACAUAGAAGUUUUCCCUCAAGAAGCUCUUCAUAUAACAUUUCCAAUUUCUUAGAGUUGCUGAUUGGCCUCUGGCAGCUUUGGUAAGAGAUGCAAGAUGCUGCUGGAAAAAGCUUAUGAUGAAUUUGGUUUUGAGCAAAGGAAUGGCCGGGUAGUUCUGUGUAGUGUUUCUGCAUUUCAUGAGGUCUCUGAACUGGUUUUUGCAAAGUCUGGGACCACUGUCAUCUUAUUGGCUGGACUCCAGGGAGUUGGGAAGACAACUGUUUGUGCGAAGCUGUCAAAUUAUCUAAAGAAACAGGGGAAGAGUUGCAUGCUAGUCGCUGGGGAUAUUUACAGACCGGCUGCUAUUGACCAGCUUACUAUUUUGGGUAAACAGGUGGGUGUGCCUGUCUAUACAGCAGGGACCGAUGUUAAACCUUCAGAAAUUGCUAGACAAGGUUUAGAAGAGGCCAAAAAGAAGAAAAUUGAUGUGGUUAUUGUUGACACUGCUGGUAGGCUGCAGAUAGACAAAGCUAUGAUGGAUGAGUUAAAAGAAGUUAAGAAGGCAUUGAAUCCAACAGAAGUCUUGCUAGUUGUGGAUGCAAUGACAUGGCAAGAAGCAGCAGCCUUGGUAACUACUUUCAAUCUUGAGAUUGGAAUAACAGGUGCUAUAUUGACAAAGCUAGAUGGUGAUUCAAGAGGUGGAACAGCUUUGAGUGUCAAAGAGGUAUCUGGGAAGCCAAUUAAGCUGGUAGGACGAGGGGAGCGUAUGGAUGAUCUUGAACCUUUCUUCACUGAUCGAAUGGCAGGACGUAUACUAGGAAUGGGAGAUGUUCUUUCAUUUGUAGAGAAGGCACAAGAAGUUAUGCAACAAGAAGAUGCUGAGAAACUGCAAGAGAAGAUCAUGAGUGCAAAGUUUGACUUUAAGGAUUUUCUAAAGCAAACUCGUGCUGUUGCACAAAUGGGUUCUGUGUCUCGUGUUAUGGGAAUGAUUCCUGGUAUGUCGAAGGUUACUCCUGCUCAAAUUCGAGAAGCAGAGAAGAAUUUGAAGAAUAUGGAAGCAAUGAUAGAAGCCAUGACCCCAGAGGAGAGGGAAAAACCAGAACUGUUGGCUGAAUCCCCUGUUAGGAGGAAAAGAGUUGCUCAGGAAUCAGGGAAAACAGAGCAGCAGGUAAGCCAAGUUGUAGCUCAACUAUUCCAAAUGCGUGUUCGAAUGCAGAAUCUGAUGGGUGUAAUGCAAGGUGGAUCAAUGCCAACACUUAGUAAUCUUGAAGAAGCACUUAAACCAGAGGAAAAGGCUCCACCUGGCACUGCAAGGAGGAGAAAGAGAUCAGAACAAAGGAGCCUAUUUGCGGACUCAACAGCAAGGCCAACUCCUCGUGGUUUUGGGAGCAAAUAAUGAAAAUUUCUACAGGGGGUCGACACUCAACAAUAUGACGAAAAAGUUUUGUUCAGCAGGUCAUUUCUCAUAAGUGGUCAACACUUUCGGUUUAGCUAUAAUUGCAUUCCGUCACUAGAUCCGUUCAUAUAGCAAUGAGCAUUGUCUAGGAGUUUGUUGUACUUUAGGAAUAAAUGAGCUAUAUUAGCGGAAUGCGCAAAUUGAAGAAAUCUGGGUGCCAUUCUUUUGUACAAUUUUAAAUUUGUAUCUGAGCAUGGAAUGGAAGUUAAUGUUACUUAUAGAGACCGUCCAGUAUUUUUCAUUUGGUUUUCUAACUCAAUGCCUUUGUCCCCACAUUUGUCAGUUUGAAAUGGAUGGCCAAAAAGAGAAAAUGCAUGUAGUUGUGAAAAAGAUGGUUUAAGAAUCUACAAUGAAGAUUCCAUUGCAUAUUUGUAUAUGUUUGUAAUUUGUACAAUGAAGAUGGUUUAGCGACUGGCUCCUCGUGAAUUCUCUGUUUUAUGUUUGUAAUUUUGUAUAUCAUUUUGUGUACAUCAUUAUGCUUGUACCAAUGUUGUUCCCUAUUCUUUCAUCGAUUACCCUCUUCUCCUAUUCUUCUAGCUCUCUUCGGCAUGGAUGUAGGAGGUCCCCCACCGGCCAGCUGUUGCCGUGCUGGUGCAUAGAAGGGAGAUCCCUAUGCAGGAGAUCUACAACCUAUUCUCCGGAAGCUCUUCCUAUAUUCUUAGGGCAACAAGAUUGAGGCCAGCGCUCGGAAGGAUAUGAUAUCCAAGUUCAGAUCGGCGCUUCCGUGAACUUCAUCUUCUUCGGUGACUUCUCGCGGAAAAAUUCCAGAACUUGGGAUUUGAAGGAAAGAUAUGGAGUGUAUGCAAAGCCAGCUGAUCAAGAAAAGAGCUUAGUUCAGUUAGUGGAGAGGAGGUUAUACUAAGUCCGCGAGAGAUAAUGCUUGCUAUGUCCUUUACAAUCUAGACUUUAAUCUAACAGACCAGCAGUUUUUUUUGUAGGAUGCUGCUGAAGCGUUUCUUCAUCUGUUAUGCUCUCUCAGGGAAGAAUUUGGAGGUUGCUAUGCUCCAAAUGUGGGUUCUUUAGCAGACGCUUUUGCUUCUAAUAAUAGAAUAUUGCUCCCAUAUAGAGGGACUGGAAAAGCGAGCAGGAAAGAUGGAAGCAACUCUUCCUUGGUCCUUUUGAUGGGAUUCUUGGUAGCAGUUUAACCUGUCGAAGUUGUUCCUCUCAGAUCGCAAUGAACUUCGAACAUUUUGAUUGUUUGCCUCUUUCACCUGUGCUUAGUGACAGUUUUACCAUAAGAGUUGGUAAUACACUGGUGGAUUGCCUGAAGCAGUUCAUUGUACACUGGUCAUUCUUCAGGUUCAAAAUGCUAUUGGAUAUUUGAAGACUAUUGGACCCUUAGAUGAGAAUGAAAAUUUGACCUUCUAGGGCACAAGUUGUCAAUGCUUCUUGUAGAACCCAAACUUGGCAAGAUGCUCAUUUUGGGAGCUAUCUUCAACUGUUUGGAUCCCAUACUGACUGUUGUCGCUGAGCUUUGUGUGUUAGAUCCAUUUGUUAUGCAUAUUCAUAAUGGACAACUCAUUUGUACCUAAAAAAAACAUGGAAGAGGCUAUACUUCUUUAAAUGUUUUUGCAAAAGAAAUGUCUCUCUCUAUAAAAUUGAGUGAGAUCUUUCAAUUUUAGACCACCUUUCAUUUGUUCUUUCUGUUUUAGGGGAUUUGACAGCCUUAACUAAUCAUUUGGAAGAAUUGCUCCUUGGGCUAUCAGUAAAAGAGAAAGGUAGCAUGUUAUAGCUCUUUGUUAUUAUGGAGCGUGUAAGGACUUGGUAGCACUGGAUCUUCUCGGAAAAUUGUUGAGUAGUAGAAAGGAGCCAAGUCAUGUUCCAGGUUUGUUAUUGGCUUCUAAGAUUGGUUGUGAGAAUUCCAAACUAUCAUAACAUGGAGUAAAGCUUUUCUCAAGGAUUGCUUGAGAGCUUAGAUGCCAAAUGUAAUCAGUUAACCAAAUCUUGCUCAAUUUACAUGUGAUGGAGCUCCAUGAGUUUACUCUUCUUUAUGCUUUACAUUGGAAAUGUAAUGUUAUUUUGAGUGUGUUAAUUUGACAUUUAUAGGCCAUUAUGUCUAUGUUAGAUAGUUAUUAAUAUAGUCUCAGAUUUUAGUAUA